UAGAAUUUUAAUUGUUUUACAUUAAAAACUGGAUAGGUAUUAGUAUGUUCUAUUUGUUUGGAUGUUUGGGUAUUUGUUUUGCAACUAUAUGCCAAAACGAUGACCAAAAUGAAUUAAAAUGUCUAGGCUAAUUAUAAAUUCAUUGAAACCAUACACAUUUAAAUGAAGUACAUUAAAAAAUAUUUACGAUUUGUGAAAGUAUAAAAAAGUUUCGCUAUUUUCAUCAAUGAUUUCUUAUAGGUCAUUGAGGGGCCAUUAUUCCCAUUAUGUGGAACAUGCGCCUGCCAUUUUGAUUUACAUUUAAUAGUCGCCAUAUUGACCACGUGUAUCUUUUUUUAAUGAUAAGAAGAACAAAAUAUCAAAGUACAGAAUCGUCGUCAUACAUGUAGAAAGUUGUUUAUACAAUAUAUAAUCUUUCUUUUCAUUUUUUGUUAAGAUUUUAAAACUUGUAUACAGUACAAUUGUAAUCACCAAAGUGAGAUUUUUUUAUCUCGAAAACCUGAUUGGUUAUUAAACUUUUGAGAUUAGCACAUUUGCGAUCAGUCCUUCCAUACGACGAGAUACUUAAAACAAAAUUAAAACUUUUAAGUCCCCAAAAAACGUGUCUAAAAAUAAGUUUUUAAAUUAUUUGUCUGGCGAGGACGAUAAAGUAAAAUUAUGAUUGACAUCCAGUUAUGUCCAACUUUACCGGAAACUAUUUUAUGGAUCCGGGAAUAACUAUAAAGCAGGAACCAAUGGGGAUAGAUAAUAACAUAAUUAACACUUCGGCCAGCGUCCCCAUCCCAGGGAAACGUACAUUAGAAUCGUACGGGCUCAAAACCUUCGGUUUGGACAUCGAGUCCACGUCUCCUCAACAAGAUUACACUACAUUUGGAGUGAACCAGGCGAAUUUGGACAAUUCAGACAUGAAUACUAUGUGGUCAACGAGAUUUGUUAAUCUAGAUGAGGACAUCGCGAAAGCCGAGGCGACUUUUAUCCACAUGGACGAGGACGACAUAUUUCAAGUGGAUAAAGCUGACCUCAUCCAAGGUCCCACGCUAGCCGAACUCAACGCCAACGACGAAAACUUCCUUGAAGAUCUGAAUUUUGACGAUUUAUUGUUACCAGACGAAAAAGGUUUCCAUUACUCUCAAAACGACGCUCAAAAAACACUCCCAUCGUUGCACAUUUUAGAGAAUCCCACGAUAACUAAUCAGGAUAGCACCGGAUCUUUUUCGGGCUCGAUAUUUACCAGGAACGGCGCAAAUUUCGGCACCAACAACAAGAAACCGGUUCCCGCUUUCUCUCCACCUAGUCAAGGAAGUUCCAACUCUUCAAUCCUCCAAUCGUUAUCCUCGCCACCUCAACAGCAAAUGAAGCACAGUACGCUGCACGAACUUCUUGUCAAACAAGAAGGCUACAGUGUUUCGCCUGGUAAUAGCAACUGUUUACUGGGACAGUCCGUUCCAGAAGAGAGCAGCAGCAGCAAUAUACUUAGCCCCCUGGGGGUGAAAGUGAUCAGGGCCCAGAACUCUUCUAGGCUUUCUUCAUCUGCACCAACGCAUUUAGGACUCGAACAAAUUUGGCAGAGGAGGGAACCGAGGAAACACUUGUUGUCCACUAGCUCGCUUGUCGAAGCUGGAUCCACUUCUUCCUUGUCCACUGGUGGGGUUCUUAGUCCUGAAGGACACGAUUUCUCGCAGGACGAGUACGAUAGUGAAGAGGACAGCGAACAUUAUGAAGAUUACUCUUCUGAUAAUGAUUCAGACGAUGAUGGGGAAAAUAAAACUCGCAAAGGUCACAGUUCUUCGAAAAAAGAACGACACUUUUGGCAGUACAACGUCCAAGCUAAAGGGCCCAAAGGUCAACGAUUGGUAAUGAAAACCAAAAUGGAAGAUCCUCACGUUUUACACGAAAUCACCGAUCCCGUUUUCUCUUCCGAUUGCUCCGUUAGGGGUAUAAAACAUAGCGGCAAAGCAAGGAAAGGCGACGGGAACGAUUUAACCCCAAAUCCCAGAAAAUUAUACAACAUUGGCAAAGAAUUGGAUCGACUUGGUCACACGAUUAACGAUAUGACACCAGUCAGCGAAUUACCCUUCAAUGUACGACCGAAAAGUCGAAAAGAGAAGAACAAAUUGGCUUCCAGGGCUUGCAGGCUCAAAAAGAAAGCCCAACACGAAGCCAAUAAAAUAAAAUUGCAAGGUCUUGAAAUUGAACACAAGAGGCUUAUAAAUGCCAUUAUCCAGGUUAAACGAGUUAUAGUGGUGAAAUUGAACGAGCCAGUACAAGAAAAUCAAGAAGAAUACACAAGACACUUGAAUAAAAUAGUAAAAGCAGCAACAAAGAAUAAAAUAGCUGGUGAAUCGACAGAAUACGUGAACAGAGUUCUGGAGAGGGUGAAGGGGGGCAUGCCAAGUGGUGUAUUAGAAGAACACUAGGCCAUUUAACAUUUACAAAUUUGAAGUAAGAUACGCUUAUCAUUAUUUUUUCCUACAUUCAAAUUUGUUUUUAUUUUACUGUACAUUAAUAUAUUAAUAUUAAUACCUAACAUAAUAAUAAUUAAUAUAAUGCGACCUUACGUUACAAAUAUUCACAAGCAUGCAUUGCAGUUAUUAUUUUAAAAAAUAAAACUCGACAGCCUAUCGUUAGAUAUAUCUGAGUAAAAUAGAACGGAGAAUAUUGUACAUAAACUUGACCCAGAGUACUAAAAGUACUUUAUUUUUUAAAUGAACAUUUUUAUACUUAUCAAUAGUAAAUAAUAAUAUCUAAUAAUUAUCGCAAAUUAUUCAGGUGAUAUAAAGAACGCGUUAGACUGUAUUUUUUAUGUAGAGGUAGCAUUAUUGUCUAUAAAUAUCCACUUGUAGGGUAUGUAAGUAUAAACAAAAAGGAAAACGAAUUUUAUAUAUCUAGAGGUUCUCUUAAAAACAAAAACAGCAUAUUCAUGCCUCCAUCCCCAUUUGUUAAUUUUCUCAGGGUGAAAUCUAUCUUAUUUUUGAUAUACAACCGUUUAUAGACAGCCCAAGUUAUAAAAUGCAGAAUGUAUUACAAAAAUCACACAAUACAUCAUUAAAUACCAAACCUACGGUUUAAGAAAGUUUACUUUGCACCGGUGCAAGGUAAAAUAAAUCAGGCUCCCUAUUAAAAGAAAAGUUUUUUGUCGUAUUGUUUAUUUGAUGGUGCAUUUAAAUAAACAGUACGAUUACACAUCUUAUAUAAAAUCUAAAGGCAAUUUUUAAUUUAUAUUGAAACACCAGCCCUGUUUUUAUUGGAGGUAUAAAGGAUGGUUAGUAGAUGGAACUUAUACUCCUCAAAUACCUGCAACCAUUCAUUCAUUCAUGUAUAAAUUAAUAUCUAAACUCGGGACAUCUACAUCAAUAAAAAUAAUGUUACUGUUGCCAGUUUUAAGUAUACUAACAUGUAAAAGGGCCAAGGCCGAUAAAAUUAUGAAAAUUUCCCCAGUAACAUUAAGAUUAAUAAAAAAAAAGACGUAUUAGAAAUACUGUUACGGGGGCCAGUUUCAUACUCUUGUCCACCCUACCCUUUUAUUAUUAUUUACACUGGCAAACUUGUAUCUUUCAUACCUACACCUACCUGAAAAAUAUUGGUACUUUUUUGUGAUUCCAUUUUCUAGUUUUUAUUGCUUGUUUUCGAAACCGAUUUUAUAUAAAUUUUGUAACAAACAUUUUUAUUUUCUAUUGAUUUGCAUGGUAAUGAUGAUUUUAGGAAUGAUCUAUUUUAUAGAGGCUGUUCAGUUCAGUUCAGUCUCCAUUAGUAGAUAAUUUUGCUGCCUUUGCAUUUAUAGAGGAGCUGCUAAAACAUUCAAAAAUUAUAACAGUUCCUAGUAAAUGUUUCUUAAAAAUAUACAAAAAUUUGCCUUGAGAAUUUGUAUUUCGCCACGUGAAUGUUUAUUUUUUCAUUGAAACUUUAAUAUUUUACUUACAUGAUAGAGAGUAGAAAAUGUAAAAAAAAAAGAAAAUAGUGUUAGUACAGAAUAAAAUGGUGCACCAUUUAUUAAAGUGUCUAUUUUUGAAAUAGGCAGUUUGUUCAGAGUUCAUGUUAUAUAUUUUAUAUUAUAUUAUACUAUUAUGGUUACAAUCAUGUUGAGUGUUUUAUAUUUUUGGAAAAAUCUCCCAAAUUCUAGCGUUCUAGUUUUGUUUAUUUAAUUACGUAUAUUCGAGGUGAUUUAAAAAAACUUCCUGGUUUUCUUUUUACUAUUGCAUUUCUUUUAUUAUUUAUUUUUCAUUUGUAAAACGCACAGAUAAAGGUGAAAAUUUGUUUGGGAGAUUUGGUUUCGAGUUGGUUACGUGUUCUGUGAUUUGUCGCAAAGUUAUUUAGCUGCAUAAUUUAUGUAGUAUUGUGUAAGAUGUUACAGAUGAGGUUUAAAUAGAGUUUAAAAGGUGUUUUUAGUGCCAGAUAGAUUUAAUAAGCCUUAAACAUGCUUUAAUUACAAAAAUACUGUUCAGGAAAUUUUAUCCUUUAGAUUUAGACAGUAUAUUUUUAAAAAGUUUCAAAAAAUAUCGUACCACUUUUUUUAUAUUGCAAAACAUAUAAAACUUUCCUGAAACAAAAUAAGCAUUUCGACCAUUAUAAGAAAUUAAGAAUUGGUGAGAUUAUUGAAUUAAGUGUAUUAAUUUAUGAGAAGUUCCAGAUGUUUUGAAUAUUCUUUCAGUUACUUCAAAGAACCACAGUAAGUGGUUUUUAGAAAUUCAUCAUUAAAAUAUAGUACAUAUUAUCAAAAUAUUUGGAACCUUUGUACAUAAGACAUUGUCAGUGUCAAACCAAUUGUCGUUGAAUGUUGGUUUCAAUGAUGAUUUCAAUAUUAAUAGAAUUGUUCGAAAAGAUUUUAAUAUUCGUAAAGCAUGUGUAAAAGCUAGUGUUUAGGAUAGUUGUUUACUUAAGUUUUGUUCUAAUGUAUUUCUAUGUGAUAUUUUAGUUUCGUUUUGCCUAUAACUCGUUUUAUGUUUUUUUUAAAGAUGAAUAAUUCGCUUCUAUGCAUUGUACUUGGCUUCUUUUAAUCUGUGUUCACUCUAUAAGUAGGUUAAAGAAAAAGCUGAAAAAAUGCAGGCAGUUUUUCAUCUUAAUUUUUCCCAAAUACUAUUAAAUUAUUUUUUCUAAGGAGGGGAAAUGUGAAGCAGUUAAUCAUUAACAACAACAUAAAAAAGAUACGCAGUGAAAGAAAUUUAACACUCCAGAAAUUUUUUUCUAUUAGCGUUUUUCCUGGUUCUAUGGCUUAUCUAUAAAAUCACUUUAAAGAUGCGGGCAUAAAAUUUUACUCUAUUAUGUAAACAUUAAAAUAUUGUGUAGGUAUAGUAAUUUGUUUACAAAAAAAAAAAAUAAUCGAGCAAACGUUUGAGGGAAGUAACACCAAUAAAAUUUUAAUUAAAAUUUUUCCCUUCCUUCGAGAUAUUUACCCUCCUCGACCGUGUGUACAAAUUGUUAUUGGCUGUGUUUAUACAUGAGAUGCCAAGUAAAGUGCAUAAAAGUGAUUCACGGAGAUCGUUUUAAGUUUAAUGCGAUUAAUAAAAGUUAAUUUUUAAUUAAAUUAAACGAAUUGUUGUAUGAGUUUAAUUUCAGACAUAUUGAAAUUUUGCAUACAUAUAACAUAUAGUUUAUUGCUUCUAAUUAUAAUAAUAAGUGUCAUUUUUUAUACAUAUAAAAUAAAAUAACAGUGCAAGAAGCUACUUUUACUUCUGCUAGUGGUAAAAGCUUCAGCCAAAAAUAAAAUUUUAUAUGAUGUUACAUGCAACUCAUUAAAAUCAUAGUAUGAUUAUUAUGAUAACCACGAUAAUAUUUUGAUUUUGUUGUAAGUUUUUAAUGUUAUUUAUUGUUUUUUUUUUAUACAUGUUAAUUAUACAAUAGUAAGAAGUUACAUUUGAUUUGUUCAGAGGUUUUUAAGACAGUGUUUUAAAUAAUGUUCAAUGUGUUUUUGUGGUGACGUUUUGUUUUUUAAUUAUAUUUUUGACUGUAUAAAUCUAAAUAAAAUCAUUAUUUAAUGCA